AAGAGCGAAGGCUGUUAUAGUAUACCACUGGUAGAUCAUCUCCGGGUGGAAGGCCUAUUACAUGGCGAGUGGCCAGGGCUAUAAAGUGGUCGCACUGAUCAAGUUCAGUCUCCUUAGAGCAGGUCUCUAAAUCAUUCCAGGAGCAGAACUUCAGGGCGUCCGUAAUCGACAUAUCCUCUAUAUUUCAAUAUGAUAUCCCACUCUUCAUCCUCAAUCGCGUUCCUGACUGUUCUCGCUUUGUUAUGUGGCGUUGAUAGUGCACCUGUUUCAUACACGAGUCUUGAUACCAGCUCGCAGGUCCGCGAUUCCUCAGAACCAAAUUUCGAAACCAGACAACUCGGCGGUCUACUUAAUUUAUUCAAGGCAACAUCUAAGUCUGAGAAGGGCAUCAAGGCUGCAACCAAAGGAGCCAAAUCUGGAGCAGACCAGAACGGGAACAGCAAUAGCAACUCUGGCAAUAAUGGCAAGAAAACGCAGAUAGUGGCUAUGCCCAUGGGUAUUGCGACCCGUGAAAAUGAGGGUUCUAUGGCGCUGGAAGAUCGCAGUGGUUUAGUGUGUAUCACUGUAUGAGCUUGAUUGAGUCGAAAGACAUUGUCAAUUGCACGUCUCGCCGAAGGUCGAGCGACGUUCACGCCUACACGUCUCGAAGUCAGGGGGCGGGCUGGGGCGGGAUAUUCACGAUUAGCUUGUAGAUUUGUUGUUUGUACAAAUGUAGGCAGACGCAGGAGGAGUAUCAAGUAUCGGGAGAUCUCAG